UGCUCGUCUUUCAUUCUAAGCCGGUUCCCGGCUCCCUUUGCGCACGACAACUUGCGAUAACUUGUACAGGGCCCGCAUCAGCUAGAGGAUCCGGGGGCCCGUCUGUUCCCAGUUAACCACGCGUCGUGGACUCGGGAAGGAGAGAGAGUCCCUAUCAACAAACAUGGCUCAUGGCGGUCUCGGUGUCCUGGCUGCUGACAGUCAGUGGUCUCAGUGCAUUUCUACAUUGGCUGAAUUUACUCAGUUGUUCAAGUCAGAUGCAUACAGAAACAAUGCAGCAAUGUCUGUUUUCAAUGACGUCUUUGCUGCUCUGUCAAUAGUAAGAACAGCAAUGACAACAGUCACCAACAAAACAGCAGCAGCAACAUCAGUCGUCAACUCAACAGCAGCAACAACAACGGGCACAGACCAAACAGCAGCAACAACAGCAGGCGGUGACAGAGAGCACCCUCUUGAUGAUUACCUUGUAAAAUGUUCAACAGAGACAUUUCGGUGUUUGCGUAAUGCAUGUGCAGGUUGCCGUGGUAACCAGUCAACAAUUGGUGGAUCUACCACUGUGAUGUCAGACACUUGUGCUGUGUUGGAGGUGGUAUAUGAUCAACCCUCUACAUCAGAGUUGAUCACGCUACAGAGGUGCGCGAUGCAGUUCAUUGGCAAUAUGUGUGUCGGGCACAAUCACAACCAGGAGAAUGUGUGUAGGCAGUUUCUCUGUACCUUCAGGAGGUUGCUGCAGUCGUCUGACAGCGGUGUGGUGAACUACACCUGCAUGGUGCUCCACAACUGUCUCCUGCCGCAGACAGCAGACCCGACCAACAGAGUCCUCCCCGACUACCUCAGCUUGGAUGACGACAUCUUCGCCAGAGUUGUGCUCUCUGUGAUAGAACAGACUGUCCAAGCGGACGUGGAAUGGGGGCUGUUUGUGGUGGAAGAUCUCCUGCAGGUGGCAGCCUUCUGUGAAACCAUCUACAUUAGUCUACCUCCCACUCACAGGCUGUUUGUUGUGGAGGUUGCUAUCGGAAUGUUGAAGAGGGCGGAGAGUGAUACAUCGAUGGAGAAGUUGCAUGUUGUAGCAAUGGAGAACUUGCUGUACCUGGGGAGGGAGGUGAAGGCGUACAGCCAUCAGAUCCUACAGGCAGGACUCCAGGACACGGGAGACUCACAAACCCCCCUGCUGCUCGUGAAGAUCCUGGAAGCACUUGGAAUGGCCACAUCUCAGUAUUCCCUGUAUGGAAGUCUGCAGGACGACUCCGACCUCCUCGUGUGCUGUGUCAAUCUGCUCCAUGGCAUACAUGAUAUCGGGCGACAAGGUGGCAACCAUUUCACAGCUGUAGAGAAGAUGACCGAAUCGGACCGGAUAGAUCCACAUCACCCUGCCUUUGGGCUGAAGAGAGAUCUCAUACGUCUCCUUGCUAACAUGGUGUUCCGUCACAGAGUCAACCAGGACAAGGUACGGGAACUGGAUGGAAUUCCUUUAAUUCUUGACCAGUCAAAUAUGGAUGGAAAAAAUCCUUUUAUCACGCAGUGGGUAGUCCUGGCAGUCCGGAACUUGUGUGAGGCAAACUCCGACAACAAGCAGUACCUGGCGGGACUGAGACUAGAGGGACUUGCCAACAAUGUCACAGUACUCAAGGAGUUUGGGGUGAAGGCAGAGCUACAUGGGGACAAGAUUGUGGUCCGACCUCCUGAUGAGGAUUCUCCAGGAGAUCGAGGUGAAGGGGGAGCUACAGGGGGACAAGAUUGUGGUCAGACCUCCUGAUGAGGAUUCUCCAGGAGUUUGGGGUGAAGGCAGAGCUACAUGGGGACAAGAUUGUGGUCAGACCUCCUGAUGAGGAUUCUCCAGGAGAUCGGGGUGAAGGGGGAGCUACAGGGGGACAAGAUUUUGGUCAGACCACCUGAUGAGGAUUCUCCAGGAGAUCGAGGUGAAGGGGGAGCUACAGGUUGACAAGAUUGUGGUCAGACCUCCUGAUGAGGAUUCUCCAGGAGAUCGGGGUGAAGGGGGAGCUACAGGGGGACAAGAUUGUGGUCAGACCUCCUGAUGAGGAUUCUCCAGGAGAUCGAGGUGAAGGGGGAGCUACAGGUUGACAAGAUUGUGGUCAGACCUCCUGAUGAGGAUUCUCCAGGAGUUUGGGGUGAAGGCAGAGCUACAUGGGGACAAGAUUGUGGUCAGACCUC